CCUCGAUCUGAUACAAUUCAAGUCGGCAAUCAGGUGACCAUGCCGUGAUCCAUGGUGCGUGGUCUUGCACCAACAGCGAAGGUUGUACCAUGUUCAGCACGGCAGAUGCCGGUUUCGAGUGACAAGCAAAAAGAGGCGGUGGCUCACGCCACCGGACUGUGUCCAUCACUGAUUGUACCACAGAAUGAACGCAAACAUGGCUCCGACCGUUGUGGUCCACACGCAUCUUUUAGAGGUUUUGGUGGAAACUGACCCUACUGCAACAAACCGGUAAAAACCGGAGAAUAGACAAAGCGCUGAGAUUCGGCUUUGCGGAGAGCACUCCCCAGCUGUGAGCGCGCCGUGUUGUUGGGCGCGUCCUGCCAGAAAGCAAAAAGAGCGAGCGACCAGAGAGAACACCAGGAGCGUCCGCGAGACGCAAGGAAAGAAAAGCACUCACCGCGACACUUUUUCAGUUUUUUUUGUGGGUUGUCACCUGUUUCAUUCAAUUCCCCUCUCCGAUUGUCUCUUCGUCAGUGGACGAGGGACCAUCACUCUUGCAAUUCCGCAUCGACCGCACAGUAUAAAACUCCCCAGGUGAACGAUGGCGCACAUGCUAGAGGCGCGUAUGAUGUCGCGCAACUCGUCGGCCUCGAGCCUCACGGCCGCGGCGCGUGCGAGCCGUCGCAAGUCCAGUAUCAGCGGCCCGUCGACCAACGGCAGCACCGUGUCCAGCACACCGCGCAGUCGGCGGCCGUCGCUCUCUCGUGGCACGAGCAGCAGUAGCGGCUCCAAUCUCACGGCCAACUUCGGCUCGGCCUCCUUGACUAGCAGCAAAAGCAGCAGACCCAAGAGCAGUAGCACCAUGUCCACGCCCAACCUCAUCGACCUUAAGACCAUCACGGCCGAGGAGGUGGAGUGGGAAGGGUAUCUGUACAAGCAGCGCAAGAUCGUCAAGAGCUGGACGCCGCGUUAUAUCACGCUGCAGAACCGCACGAUCUCAGUCUACAAGUCCAAGAAUCAUGCGCUGGCCAAGGAGCAGCACCGCGGGCGUUGGGUUAUCAAGCAGAUCCUAAGCUCCCUUCCUUCUGCGGGCUUUGGCGGCUCCAAACUGAAGCCCGAAGAGCUGGGCUUCAGCUUCCUGGCUACGAAUGGCAACUUGAUCCACUUUGUGGCCACCUCGGCCGUGGAGAAGGCAAUGUGGAUGCACAUGAUGCAGCUCAGCUUGCACAAUACCACGGCCAGAGAGGCCUCGCUACUGCAACAGGGACGGCCGCGCGGCGACGUGCCGCCGACGCCUACUCCACGCUCGGCAGACGAGGUUGUGUCGCUCGAAUCGUCGAUUACUACGCACCUUGCAGAGAAAUUCUUGGCUGAUCUAGUGCACCUUCUGACCGCGACGUCAUCUGAGAACGUCAUCGAGCGGUUGCCAUCGUUCCUACGCCAACUCAGCAAGGACGUGGAGCUGCUGUUUGAUAUGGAGACGCGCGAGACCACACAGCCCUCGUGUGUAUUCAAGGGAAUCUACCAUGGCCGCGAAGGAUUCGUGCACUAUGCGGCGCUGUAUGUGAGCAAGUACUUAUUGGCAACGGAUGUGAACGAGCAGGUGGCGCACAAGGCGGACGACGAUGACCACCACGCGUUCUCGUACUCGGGCCAUCGUCUUAUCAAUACGGUCUCUGGAUCCACCACGGAAGGCAAGUUUGGACUGCAGAUCACAUUCACCCCAGCUCGACGUAUUUCUCGAGUCGUGCUGUCGUUCCGUCAACGCAGUUCGUCGGCUUCAAAGACUCGUCGUGUUACGACGAACCCUAUGGCUGUUGCAGAGCACCCGGCGUGCUUCCAUCAGUAUUGCCUCACGAAACGUUCGCUGGCGUUGUCUUUCUCGGACUUUGACGUGGUGGGUGUGCUUGGCCAAGGUGGUUUCGGUACGGUGGUGCUUGUACAGCGUCACUUGAACCCGGACGAAUACUUCGCUAUCAAGAUUAUCGACAAGCAGUCUGGAGCGGAGAGCGCUUUGAAGGAGCGGCGUAUUCUGUCGGGAGUUCGCCAUCCGUUCCUGACGUGCUUGCGCUUCGCCUUCCAGACACAGACCAAGUUGUAUCUCGGCAUGGAUUACUACAAGGGCGGAAACCUGUAUUUGCAUAUGCAUUCCUCGAAGAUGGACCCGAACGUGUCGACGAGCAGUGGACGACGCUUUUCCGUGGAUCGUGCUCGCUUCUACGCCGCAGAACUUGCGAUUGCUCUCUCGUACCUGCACGCGCAUGGUAUUAUCUACCGCGAUCUGAAGCCGGACAACAUUAUGCUGGACAAGACGGGCAACAUUCGUCUUGUUGACUUCGGUAUUUCCAAACAACUGCGUUUGGAAGGAGAACCGGGAAGCCACAACUACUCUCAGGCUGGAACGCUAGCAGGCUCGCCUGCGUACAUUGCUCCGGAGCAACUGCUAACGCAAAAGCCACAGUAUGGCAUGGAAGCGGAUUGGUGGAGUUACGGUGUGCUACUGUACGAGAUGCUGACCGGUAGCACUCCAUUCUUCGACGCUAACAUUUCACAGAUGUACAAGAAAAUUCAGACUGCCGACGUCAAGUACGACAAGUACCCGCCGAUCGAUGAGGAUGCUAUUGAUUUGAUGAAGAAAUUGCUGGUCCGUGAUCCUGCGGAACGCAUUGAUAUCGACGGCGUUCGUGCACACCCGUUCUUCGCUUCGAUCGACUGGGAGAAAUUGGAGAUGAAGGAGGUCGAGCCGCCGUUUAUCCCACCGACGGAAGAGCUGAUGCAGAAUGUUCACGAACAUUUCCGCAACAUGAACGUGGACGAAACAAUUGGUGAAAACCCCAAGGCUGUGAACGGAAAGAAGGCCUCUACUGUUGCGAACGCCAACGACGAGUCCCACUUCGAUGAGUUUAGUUUCGCUUACGACACGACUCGUGAUACGUUCGAUAACCUGUCCAUGGCAGACGAAGGAUGGCUCGUGCGACAGCUACAGGAAGGCGCGGCAAUGCGUGGUCGUUUGAACGCCAGUGAUGCUGACCCCGUGGCCGAUGAAUUGGGCAGCGAGGACGAGAUCACUCACCCGAUUCUGAAUGGUCAGGACAGCAGCGAAAGCGACGAACCUGAAGUCGAAGUCACCAACAUUUAAGCGGACCGUGGUCACCUCCUACCGUGGAGAACAUUAAGAUCGCGGCUUCUUGUGUUUUGAAGCAAAAAUUGAGUGAACAAAGCGAGCAGCUUGACAGUGUAUUUCACCAAAGACAAGUCGGCAACAAGGGUCACAGCCGCAGCACAUUAGAUAACGAAAAUAUUUUUGUUCCAGAAACAUCCGUGAUUCCUGCCGGAGCCUUAGUAAAAAAAACAUAUUACGCAUAAUUUACACAGCAGCACGACUACAACUUGGGAACGUCUCCUAUGAUGCUGUUUUCUGUUUCUUACGGAUCGGAAUAGUAUCAUUGCCGUCAUGUUCGGUGUCGCUAUCCAUGACAAGAUCCGGGGCACGAACACGUCGCAAAUUUGCGGGUGCCGUGUUAACUGCGCGGUUAAUCAACGCCAGAUCCUGCACAAAAAAAAACACAUUAGUAAAAAUAAAAUAAAAUAAAUUCCGUAAACUUACCCGUGCUGGACUUUCGCCAAUUGCAUACAGAGCGUGUGAGCG